AAAGAGGCAAAAAGACGAACGAUGGGGAACACAACCUAAACGAAAGUUUCUAAAAAAAAUAAUUUCGAUCGUACGCGGGGCUUGUUUAAAUUCCUCGUGAAACGACUGCGACUUUUACGUAGCACAUAAAAUUGACAAGUAUGUUCGGUCGACGUAUUUUCUUAGAGCCCGUGGAUAAUCAUCACGACCAAAGAAGACGCAACGAAUUUAUUCGCCAAUUAUCCGCUAAUCAAAGACACGGGAUACCGUUCACUGAAUUGACGAGUAUACCUCUGCCCACGUCCUCGAGAAACGAUGGAUUGAUGCUCGAUUUAAAUUUCAUCCUUAUGGAUGACAGUGAUCGCAUCCGCUCUAAUAAUAAUCUGUAUCUUCAAACCAAUUACGGGAAUGCAUCCAACCAUCAAUUGUUAGAGUACAUAAGGCAGAUGGAAGAGAGGUACAUGGCUAUGGAAAGGGAAUUGGCAAGGACGAAGAUGUUAAUCCCAGCUUUGAUGCGUGGCUUUAACGUUGUGCAUCAAUCGUCGCAAACAGACGUGAACUGGAAGGAAUACUCUCUCGCGAAGUACGGAAACGUUUUUGGGUCGUGCUCCAGAAAUCAGUACAAAAAUAAUCAAGAGCAGAUUAAUGCGUUGAGGAGGAAACACUAUACAUCGAGAAAAAAUAAAGAUUCGUUCGGCAAAACAUUCGCUGACACGGACUGGAUGAAAUAUAAGAAUUCGUCCCAGAAUUUCCAAAAUGAUGUUUAUCCCAUAAAGGAGCCUGAUAAUCUCUAUCAGUCAAAGAACUUGAGCAGCAAUUCCACAGCAGUAUGUUCAAUGCGCAACGUCGCUGUGAUUCUCCCUAACGACUCGGCACAAUUAAACGAUUUCGCAAAAGACGAUCCCAAAGUAAUACGUUUCAAUAUUUGCAAACUUUUUACGCGAUGUGAGGACGAAUUAAUUGAAUUUAUUAUGAAUUUGCUUUGUAAAACUGUCCAUUCCGACCCUAUCGACCAUCAAAAGAAUUCGAUGGAAGCAUGCCAAACGUUCGAGAAGAAACACGAACCGGAAACGUGUUACUACACUGACUACGACGUUAAACAGGAAGAUCAUAAGCAGAGCAAACCCGUAAACACGACAAAAUUUCAGCCGAUAAUAGGACCGAAGUUGAACAACGACGUUUGCAAACUAGGGUCCGAGAUCGAGCAAUCAACGUCUCAUCAACAGCCGAAAGUCGAUGGAAAAUGUAGAGACAAACUUGUAUCCAAGAGGACGAAGUAUUUCGAGAAUACCGAUGCACGUAGAAAGGAUAAUUCUCAAACGUCGCAGGCCAGUCACAAUUACUGGAAUCAUUAUGGGAAGAAGUUGUCACGUUGCUCGAACGAUUCCUCGAGGCAUUCCACGCGGAUGCCCGAGAAACAGAGAAAAGAGGUGCACAAAAAAAAUCCGACGCCGCGUAGCAACGUUCACACUGCCUACGCUCCCAUGGUACAAUCUCCUAAUUGGAAUCCACUGUUAGAUCCGAAUGGUUUUACCAUUCAAUUAUUGAGGCUCGCUGUACUGCUUUACGCGCCAGCGUUGAUGCCGGCUCUGAAUUCGUUGAUCGCACGACAAAAUGCUCAAACGCCUAUCCCGAUACCUUGUUCCGAAGGUUCGAACGACUUGUUAACGCAGGUGUUCACGAUUUUAAGCAAUCAACAAUGCGUCCCCAAUUUGUCGUACGCUUCCAACUCCCAAAUAAACGAGAGUUCGCGAUCGAACUCAGAACCGAACACGCAGAAUCGCGAUCCACCACAGUCCGAGAAUUUGUCUACGCAGCUCGAGAACGCAAAUUGCAGUGCGAGAAGCCUUGCGAAUCAGUGCGAGAAGAACACGAUCGCUGUUAAUACUUCUUUAGAAAUAUGCUGUUGUAAUAAUAUGACACCGUCCCUUUCGCAAUUAAGUAAAAACAGUUUGAACGAUCAAGUGGAACAGGACGAGCAAUUGUUGUACACGUGGACGAACGAUAAAACAAAAUCGUCGGAGACGAUAAUACUGGGGAAACCGUUGAUACUCUGCGAAGAUGAAGAAGAAAAAUCGUCGGGGAAUCAACAGGAGAAUCCGGAAUUUUCCGGAAGUUUAUUCUUGCAAAAUGAUAAUAACAGUUGGGAGAAAGGGUGGAACAAAUUUUAACCGUUCGGACAAACUCUGCAUGUCGUCCAAGCGGAGUCUAAUAG